CAGCGAGAGGCGGGAAUGGUGCCGAGCUCUGCACGGUAGUCACGCGUCUCGGCGAAGUGCCUUAAUAAAGUACCAGGACUGGUGUGCUAUGGCCGCCCCUACUGUUUGUCCUCAAAGAACAAGUCGUUUAACCUUGACCAGUGAGUUCACUUCUAGCAGUCCUUGAAGAAAUUUUACUCGUUUUAUGGACUUCUCCAUGCGCCUCAGACUGGAAGAUUGCAGCGAGAGGGGCAGUCAAGCCUGCCCCUCCCUUUAUGGAUUGGGAAAGACUCCGAGAGCUGAUGUGCUUGGGCCGCCCACCUUUCAGCUGGUUGGGGGCAGUGCCGGGAAUAAAACCGGCUCUGCGAGACUGCUAGCCCGCGGACCUUUUCCGUUUCCCUCAAGCAGGGCUGUCUUUUCUUUCUGGAAGAAUCCCAAAUUCCUCAAAGAUGGAUUUACCCUGUGUGGGCCGAUUUCUCAAUUUCACUAAUUAUUCAUUGCUUCGUUUUGUGCUGAAGUGGGUUCAGCAAGGCUUAUUCCUAGGACAGCUUUGGAACCCCAGGGACCCUAUGACAGACUAUGCUGAUUAGGCAGGUGCUCCACCAGUCCUGUGAGGCUUCUCCCUUGAACCCUCUGAUGCUCCAGAGAGGACUUCCUAACACCCGGCCACACCUACUCCUCGCCUUGUCGGCCACUGAAGAAAUGGUUUCCCCACACAGUGGCUUCCUGGAUGAUGAAUGAAUAUUAUUUCCAUCUAUUGGAUAACAGAAGAUAAUCGCAGCUCAGCUUUAAAAUCUCUCUUGGAAGAGUGACCAAGCUGUCCCUCUGCAUAUUGUGUGAACUGACUUACUUGAAAGUAGACUUUGGACAGACAGAUUUUAGCUGCUUCGCCCUAGGGAAGGGUCCCAUCUAGGGAACCGCAUUACAUUAAGGUGUCAGGUCUUCUUGAGCUUCUCUUGGCUGUGACAGUUUCCCAGACUUUCCUUGUUCCUGAUGACCUUGUUCCAGGACCCUGUGGAGCAUCAUGAACUGGGAAGAGCAGACAAGAUCAAGAGUGUCUCUGUGAAGAAGGAACAACCAGCAGUUCUUUCUCCCUGUACCUGACUGCAUCACCCAGUACUUUUUUCUUCUCCUGUUCAGCUCCCACUGACUCUUGGACUGGAGGGGGGACUUCCAACACCUUCCCCCAGGGGAUGGGCAACUGGUAAAGUAGGUCUCACUGCCGGGGCCCAGUUGGCCACAUCAUGAACCUCCAGGCCCAGCCCAAGGGUCAGAACAAGCGGAAGCGUUGCCUCUUUGGGGACCAGGAAGCAGCUCCCAAGGAGCAGCCCCCAUCCCUGCAGGCCCCACAACAGCCCCCGGCCCCUCCACAGUCCACCAGAGUGAAGGAGGAGCCUUACUUUGGGCACGAGGGUCCCACAGGGGCUGCCCCUGCCUCCCAGCCUGUGGAGCUCUCCAACAGCCUGGCCCUGCUGAACUCUGUGGUAUAUGGGUCUGAGCGGACCUCUACUAUGUUGUCCCAGCAGGUGGGCCCCGUCAAGUGGCCCAACUCUGUGAUGGCCCCCGGGCGGGGCCCCGAGAGGGGAGGGGGUGGGAGUGUCAGUGACAGUGGUUGGCAGCAGCAGCCGGGCCAGCCUCCACCCCACUCAACAUGGAACUGCCUGCCUGUCUACAGUGGACACAAGGGGAGCCCCCAUCCUGGCAUGGGGGUCUCUGCCUACUAUAACCACCCCGAGGCACUGAAGCGGGAGAAAGGAGGGGGGCCGCAGCUGGACCGCUACGGAAACACUGUGCGGCCAAUGAUGCCACAGAAGGUACAGCAGGAGGUGGGGCGGCCCCAAGCACCCCUGAACUCGUUCCAUGUGGCCAAAAAGCCCCCAAACCAAACUCUGCCUCUGCAGCCCUUCCAGCUGGCGUUUGGCCACCAGGUGAACCGGCAGGUCUUCCGGCAGGGCCCACCGCCCCCCAACCCCGUGGCCGCCUACCCACUGCAGAAGCAGCAGCAGCAGCAGCAGCAGCAACAGGCAGCCCUGCCCCAGAUGCAGCUCUUUGAGAACUUUUAUCCCAUGCAGCAGCCACCCUCUCAGCAGCCCCAGGACUUCGGUCUGCAGCCGGCCGGGCCACUGGGGCAGUCCCACCUGGCUCACCACGGCAUGGUGCCCUACCCUUUCCCCCCCAAUCCUGAUAUGAACCCAGAACUGCGCAAGGCCCUCCUGCAGGAGUCAGCCUCGCAGCCUGUGCUACCUCAGGCCCAGAUCGCCUUCCCCCGCCGCUCCCGACGCCUCUCCAAGGAGGGCGUCCUGCCUUCCGCUGCCCUGGAUGGGGCUGGCACCCAGCCUGGGCAGGAGCCUGCCACCAACCUGUUUCUACAUCACUGGCCCCCGCAGCAGCCACCACCUGGUCCCCUGGGACAGCCGCAUCCUGAAGCUCUGGGAUACCCGCUGGAGCUGAGGGAGUCACAGUUGCUGCCUGAUGGGGAGAGACUGGCACCCAAUGGUCGGGAGCGAGAGGCUCCCGCCAUGGGCAGCGAGGAGGGCAUGCGGGCAGUGGGCACAGGGGACUGUGGGCAGGUGCUACGGGGUGGGGUGAUCCAGAGCACUAGGAGGAGACGCCGGGCGUCCCAGGAGGCCAAUUUGCUGACCCUGGCCCAUAAGGCAGCGGAGCUAGCCUCACUGCAGAACGCAACGGAUGCCAAUGGCUCUGAGGAGAAGCGGAAAAGUGUGUUGGCUUCAACUACAAAGUGUGGGGUGGAGUUUUCUGAGCCUGCCUUAGCUGCCAAGCGAGCACGAGAGGACAGCGGGAUGGUGCCUCUCAUUAUCCCAGUGUCUGUGCCUGUGCGGACUGUGGACCCAACUGAGGCAGCCCAAGCUGGAGGUGUUGACGAGGAUGGGAAGGGUCCUGAACACAACCCUACUGAACACAAGCCGUCGGUCAUUGUUACCCGCAGGCGGUCCACCCGUGUCCCCGGAACUGAUGCCUCAGCUCAGGCUGAAGAUAUGAAUAUCAAGUUGGAGGGGGAACCUUCGGUGCGGAAACCAAAGCAGCGGCCUCGGCCUGAGCCCCUGAUCAUCCCCACCAAGGCGGGCACUUUUAUCGCCCCUCCGGUCUACUCCAACAUCACCCCAUACCAGAGCCACCUGCGCUCUCCUGUCCGCCUGGCAGACCAUCCCUCUGAACGGAGCUUUGAGCUGCCCCCCUAUACACCACCUCCCAUCCUCAGCCCUGUGCGGGAAGGCUCCGGCCUCUAUUUCAAUGCCAUCAUGUCAACGAGCAGCAUCCCAGCCCCUCCUCCCAUCACGCCAAAGAGUGCCCAUCGAACCCUGCUCCGGUCUAAUAGUGCUGAAGUCACCCCACCUGUCCUCUCUGUGAUGGGGGAAGCCACCCCAGUGAGCAUUGAGCCACGGAUCAACGUAGGCUCCCGGUUCCAAGCUGAAAUCCCGUCAUUGAGGGACCGUGCCCUGGCAGCUGCAGACCCCCACAAGGCCGACUUGGUGUGGCAGCCAUGGGAGAACUUAGAGAGCAGCCAGGAGAAGCAGAGGCAAGUGGAAGACCUGCUCACAGCUGCCUGUUCCAGCAUUUUCCCUGGAGCUGGCACCAACCAGGAGCUGGCCCUGCACUGUCUGCAUGAAUCCAGGGGAGACAUCCUGGAAACGCUGAAUAAGCUGCUACUAAAGAAGCCCCUGAGGCCCCACAACCACCCGCUGGCAACUUAUCACUACACAGGCUCCGACCAGUGGAAGAUGUCUGAGAGGAAGCUGUUCAACAAGGGCAUUGCCAUCUACAAGAAGGAUUUCUUCCUGGUGCAGAAGCUGAUCCAGACCAAGACCGUGGCCCAGUGUGUGGAGUUCUACUACACCUACAAGAAGCAGGUGAAAAUUGGCCGCAAUGGGACACUCACCUUUGGGGAUGUGGAUACAAGUGACGAUAAGUCGGCCCAGGAAGAGGUUGAAGUGGAUAUUAAGACUUCCCAGAAGUUCCCCAGGGUUCCUGCUCCCAGAAGAGAGUCCCCAAGUGAAGAGAGGCUGGAGCCCAAGAGGGAAGUAAAGGAGACCAGGAAGGAGGGGGAGGAGGAGGUGCCAGAGAUCCAGGACAAGGGGGAGCAGGAAGAGGGGCGAGAGCGAAGCCGGCGGGCAGCGGCUGUCAAAGCCACACAGACACUACAGGCCAAUGAGUCGGCCAAUGACAUCCUCAUUCUCCGAAGUCAUGAGUCCAACGCCCCUGGGUCCGCUGGUGGCCAGGCCUCAGAGAAGCCAAGGGAGGGGCCAGGAAAGCCACGAAGGGCACUGCCUUUUGCGGAGAAGAAGAAAAAACCAGAGCCAUUUAACAAGACCCAGAAUCAGGAGAACACUUUCCCUUGUAAAAAGUGUGGCAGGUAAGAGGUGUCUCCAGGG